GCGACGUCGCCGACGCGGGCGCCGCGGCCCGAGAGCUGGCGCCCCGAGCUCCCGCGCGACACGCCGGCCCAACGUUGACCGGCCACGGCUGUGGCGCGGCCUUCUCGAGCUCGGCACAGCCGCUGCUCGGGGCCCUAGGGCGGCCCCGCUUCCUGGCGCGCCUCCGCGCCGCCGUCGAAGCCUUCCGCGCGAUGGCGUGGGCGCGCGCGCGGGGGCCAGGCCCGCGGGCCCGCGCUUUCUCGAUCGCGGCGGGCGCGCUGCAAAGAUGCCGAGUUGGCGGCGGCCUCUUCGCCUGGGCGUUCGACCCGACGCCGCGGCGGCUCGAGAAGCUGGCGGCCCCGCGUCGGCGCGAGCAUCGCGCUGGCCGUGGAUUUGCCUGCGCUGGCGGCGUCGGCAUCAUGCCGCCGUGCUUCGCCGUGGCGCGCGGGGCGGAGCUGUUCUUCCGAGCGCGCGCCUUGCGCGCGGGACUGAAGAUUAAGCUUCAACAGCUCCUCCGCGCCUCCGCGGACGCGCGGGGGGAUUCCCCGAUCGCGCCUUUCACCGUCUAUUUGGGGGCGUUCACGGGCCCGGCGGUGGCGCCCAUGGGCGUCUGGUUCACGGCGCUGAACAGGGCGCGCGCGUCUGCGUUGCAGACGCG